UGGAUCAGCAACAGUUGAUCGUCGUCGUCCAUUCGGUGCAUACACAGCUAUUCGAAUCUCAAUCCUUUCAAGGAACAUACAGAACCUAUUCCUCAAAAUUCUGAAAAUGAACUCCAUUACCGUGCUCGCAAUCCUUGCCGCCUCAUUGGCCAUCUGUGCCGGUGAUGUGUCCCACUUGUCACGCAGCUACCUGCCUCCCUUGAGUGGUGGCUAUUCCGGCUACUCAUCCGGUUACUCCUCGUAUCCGUCGUACUCGAGUGGAUCCGGAUAUUAUGCCGGAGCCGGCAGCUAUGCCUCGCCAAUCGUCUCGUCCAGCUAUAAGAGCUAUGCGGUGCCGCAGUACACCACCUAUUCCACUCCAUCGCGUACCUAUUUGCCAGCUGAUACUGGCUACUCUGGUUACUCCGGAUACUCUGGAUACUCCGGUUACAAUGGCCUGGACACCAAGUAUGGCAGCAAUGGUGGCUACGUCUACUAGGCGCACCCGGUCGCCGCGGCAAUUCAAUUUGGACGGCCAGCAACAAUGGACAACUAUAUUCCUAUAAUUUUUUUUUUUGCCUUGGCUAAGCAAUAUUUUUGUACAAUUUAUGGCUACUAAAAAUUUUCGAAUGCUUUAUACUGAUUAACAUA